UGGGUUUCUGCAGCUGGAUUUUUCUCUUCCCUUCUUUCCUUUUCCUUCUGUGUUUGAGAUUGGCAUCGAAGGGGCUGAGUUCGGGUGGUGGCGCCGGGCGCAGCGCAGGGGUCACGGCAACGGCGGCGGCUGACGGCUGGAAAGGCCGGCUUGUCGUCCUUCCCCGGUCCGCUCGGUGUCAGGCGCGGCGGCGGCGGCGGCGGGGGCGCAGCGGCCGGACUUCGUCCCUCCUCCAGCUCCCCCCUGCGCCGGAGCGGCCACUCUUCCCUUCGCCAUCCUCCGACCCUUCACCCCGGGUACUGGACGCUUCCUCCGGCGUAGGUCAGGGAGCGGGGGCCGGUCUCCUGCUCGGCUGUCGCGCCUCCAUGUCGGAUAACCAGAGCUGGAACUCGUCGGGCUCAGAGGAGGAUCCGGAGACGGAGUCCGGGCCGCCUGUGGAGCGCUGCGGAGUCCUCAGCAAGUGGACAAACUACAUUCAUGGGUGGCAGGAUCGUUGGGUAGUUUUAAAAAAUAAUACUCUGAGUUACUACAAAUCUGAAGACGAGACAGAGUAUGGCUGCAGAGGAUCCAUCUGUCUUAGCAAGGCUGUCAUCACACCUCAUGAUUUUGAUGAGUGCCGAUUUGAUAUUAGUGUAAAUGAUAGCGUUUGGUAUCUUCGUGCUCAGGAUCCAGAUCACAGACAGCAGUGGAUAGAUGCCAUCGAACAGCACAAGACUGAAUCUGGGUAUGGGUCUGAAUCCAGCUUACGUCGACAUGGCUCUAUGGUGUCACUGGUGUCUGGAGCAAGUGGUUAUUCUGCAACAUCCACCUCUUCAUUCAAGAAAGGCCACAGUUUACGUGAAAAAUUGGCUGAAAUGGAAACCUUUAGAGAUAUCCUAUGUAGACAAGUUGAUACUUUACAGAAGUACUUUGAUGCCUGUGCUGAUGCUGUCUCCAAGGAUGAACUUCAAAGGGAUAAAGUUGUAGAAGAUGAUGAAGAUGACUUUCCUACAACACGUUCUGAUGGAGACUUCUUGCAUAACACUAAUGGCAAUAAGGAAAAGUUAUUUCCACAUGUCACACCAAGAGGAAUUAAUGGCAUAGACUUUAAAGGGGAGGCAAUAACUUUUAAAGCAACUACUGCGGGAAUCCUUGCUACGCUUUCUCAUUGUAUCGAACUAAUGGUAAAACGUGAGGACAGCUGGCAAAAGAGACUGGAUAAGGAAAUUGAGAAGAGAAGAAGAAUAGAGGAAGCAUACAAAAAUGCCAUGACAGAACUGAAGAAAAAAUCCCACUUUGGAGGGCCAGAUUAUGAGGAAGGUCCAAACAGUCUGAUUAAUGAAGAAGAGUUCUUUGAUGCUGUGGAAGCUGCUCUUGACAGACAAGAUAAAAUAGAGGAACAGUCACAGAGUGAAAAGGUCAGAUUACACUGGCCUACAUCCAUGCCAUCUGGAGAUGCCUUUUCUUCUGUGGGGACUCAUAGAUUUGUCCAAAAGCCCUAUAGUCGCUCUUCCUCCAUGUCUUCCAUUGAUCUAGUCAGUGCCUCUGACGAUGUUCACAGAUUCAGCUCCCAGGUUGAAGAGAUGGUGCAAAACCACAUGACUUACUCAUUACAGGAUGUGGGUGGAGAUGCUAAUUGGCAGUUGGUUGUAGAAGAAGGAGAAAUGAAGGUAUAUAGAAGGGAAGUAGAAGAAAACGGAAUUGUUCUGGAUCCUUUGAAAGCUACCCAUGCAGUGAAAGGUGUUACAGGACAUGAGGUCUGCAAUUACUUCUGGAAUGUUGAUGUUCGCAAUGAUUGGGAAACAACUAUAGAAAACUUUCAUGUGGUGGAAACAUUAGCUGAUAAUGCAAUCAUCAUUUAUCAAACGCACAAGAGAGUGUGGCCUGCUUCUCAGCGAGAUGUAUUAUAUCUUUCUGCCAUUCGAAAGAUCCCAGCCUUGACUGAAAAUGACCCUGAAACCUGGAUAGUGUGUAAUUUUUCUGUGGAUCAUGACAGUGCUCCUCUGAACAAUCGAUGUGUCCGUGCCAAGAUAAAUAUUGCUAUGAUUUGUCAGACCUUGGUAAGCCCACCAGAGGGGAACCAGGAGAUCAGCAGGGACAAUAUCCUAUGCAAGAUUACAUAUGUAGCUAAUGUGAACCCUGGAGGAUGGGCACCAGCCUCAGUGUUAAGGGCAGUGGCAAAGCGAGAGUAUCCAAAGUUUCUAAAACGUUUUACUUCUUACGUCCAAGAAAAAACUGCGGGAAAACCCAUUUUGUUCUAGUAUUAACAGUGACUGAAGCAAGGCUGUGUGACAUUCCAUGUUGGAGGAAAAAAUAAAAAACAAAUUGAAUGCUCUAAGCUGGAACAUAGGAUCUAUAGCCUUGUCUGUGGCCAAACACCCUGGCCUUGUGUACAAAAAUGAAAAAAGACUGCAAUGGCAAAGGUGAACAUCUAACACUAGCUGUCUCCUGUUAGAUCUCCUCGCUCAGCAUAUAACUAUAAAUACAUGUAAAAUUACAUGUAUAUGGCUAUAUUUUUAUUUGCUUGCUCCUAGAAGAGAAAAAAAUCAACUUUGAAUCACAGUUAGGAAUUGAUGCUUUAAUUUUUGGAAACUUUUUCAGAAUUUUUAAUUUACUAUGGUCCGGCCUAAGAUCCUCAUUUGUAUCAGGUUUUGUGCACAAAAGAAAAGCACAAAAGUUGAAUGCACGUGGGGCAUGUGUUUUCUGUGCACCACAUACCUGGAUGGGGCUCUUUUUUCAGGCCUAUGGUUAAAUCUGUGUUCAGAAUUUUUUGACUUUUUUGCUUUGUAUAAUCAUAGAAUUCAUUGCUGCUGAUUUCUAUAAUGAUUCAUGUUGUUACCUAGUGUCUCUUAAUAACUGAGGGCUGUCAGUAACCUGUGAUUUUGCCUUUUCUAUAGUCUUACUCCUAUGAAGAACCUUGGUUCUGAUGGAGAAAGAGUGAAAAGCUUUAUUUUUUCCCCCAGGUAUCUUUCUAUUUCUAUUGUAUUUUUAGUUGUGUACUGUGUGCUACAGAUUUUUUUCAGUUUGUUUACAAACACAAUUUGGUAAUUCCUCAAUUGGUUCUGCCUGCCUCCAAACAGAAACAUACAACUAUUGUGGGUAUAAACUACUUUCUGGUACAAUAGUAAGGAUAAAACAAGCUCAUGUUUUCUUGGAAUUUGUUAGAAGAUACACGGUAUUUCUCAUUAAGAUAAAUCAGGCUGUCUGGGUUUGACAUUUGAUUCAGUGUCUCUGGUAUUCGUAACAGGCAUGUUAGCUCUUCUAAUUUGGGUCCAUUUAAAGGCUUUGUUGCAAGAUGUGCAUAGAAAACAUGAGCAGUGCUCCUCUUUGCCUCUUGCUCAGAAUUUUCAGCAAAGCAGUAAAGGAUUCCAUGUGAUUCAAACUGAAAUUCUUCCCUUAGUUGCUGUAAGAACUUAAAUGUAAAAUACCUUCUUUAGUUUUAGGCCUCUGAAAAACCUUGAAGCAUGGAGUUGAGGCAAGGAAUGGGACUCACUGAAGUAGAAAUGACUGCCCACUUCAAAAUCUUCAUUGUGUUUAUACACAAAUGUGCUUACAUAUGUCAGAGGCAUUUUUAGAUGCUUUGCUGACUUGUUCAUCUCUGUAGAAACACAGAAAUCAGACCCAUUUUGUAAAGCAGAAAGUCAUGUCACUUGGAACAUGUCCUGUAUAUAUUUCAUACAUGGUAAUGGAGUCUUAAUGAUGAAUGCAAGGUGAUAAUUUAAUGAUGGGAUUAGUCUGAUGACUUAAUAUGCACAAUCCUGGAAGUGAAUUACUUGCAUCAGAUAUAGUGGUAUUUAUUAUUCUGUACAGAGAGAAAUAAUACAUAUAAAACAUAUGUGCUUAUAUUACAUGCACGCAGAUUUCAUGCUCCAUAAAUCUUUUCUAUUUUUUAAUUUACCUUUCUCUAAAUGAUGUGCAUGGAAUAUGCCUUAUUACAGAAAAACGCUGUUCAUAAUUUGACUGUGUGGAAAAGUGCCUAUAUGGUGGUAAUGCUAGUAAGGCAAAUAAGACAAAUUAUCAUAUGAGUUUACUACAUCACCAGUUAACAUUUUAUAUUGUGAUGUUUAAAAAAGAAAAGUUUAUACCUCAAAUGUGUAUUUUAUUUUACAAUCAGCUCUGGGUUUGGGAUGGGAUAUGGGAGGGUUGGGGGGGGAGGGUUUAUUCACCAUAGCCGCUGAUGGGAAUCUUCAAAAAAAUUCUCUAUGCCCACUAUAAAUGUUUCUCUGUUUGCCAUGUCUGGUAACUAUCAUGAACAUGGACAAGUAACUUUUUCAUAACUAAAUUGGAUAGCUUCAUUUUACAAAGGUAUGGAAAGCUUACAAAGCAGUGUCUAAAUCUAAUUACCUUUAGUUGCAUUUGCACUAAAUGUUAAUGAUACCCUUUUGCAAUUCUGUAAAUGAAAUGAUUACACUAAAAAUACUUGUAUUAAAAAAAGAAGAAAAAGACAUGUUUACCUUUAGAUAACUGUACAGGUACUUCACUAGAGGUUAAUCCCAUCCGAUCAGAUUUAGAAAUCAGUUGGGGAAUACAAAAAGAGUUUUAAAGAGGUCAAAACUUGGAGAGGUACUAGCCGUUCUAAAAAAUAUGCAGACCCUCUAGGAUUAUAUCUAUAUGACUAAUUCCUAGUCAUUGUCUGAAUGGACAUGAUGUUUUCCCAAACACAGUAAUUUCUUCUCUUCCCCAAACAAAACAAAAUACCCUUUUACUCUCUUUUCUACUCACUCUUUUGUACUGUGAUAGAAACUUGAAAAAUAUUGGUAAUGAUGGGUUUGUCCCUGAGUGCCCACUGUACAGGACAAGAGAGCACAGUGUUUCGCUUGGAAAUGAGGACUUCUAAUUUUGAUCACAGCAGCUCUUGGUUUGGGAUCGCCACAAAGACAGCCAGACUAAGGAGGGGAUGGCUGGGAGAGAGGCGUAAGAAUACAAAAUAAGGGAAAGGAGCAACAGGUUUUCCACUUGUUCAGUUUCAUUGGCUAAUUUGUACACCUGUACAAACAUCAGUGUCAGCUGCUAUUAAAAUUUUAGUUGGGCUGAGCUGGUUCUCUUGUGAAAUUGUGCUGGUUAUCUUUAAGCUUAUCAGUUGUUUGUCCAAUUAAACACUUUCACCAGUAUUUAGUCCAAGUUGUACAGACAGUGUAUUUGGAAUACUGUCAUUGUUCAUCUACAAACUCAAAACAUAAUCAUUUUAAAGUACCUUGGGAGUGUGUAGAGUAUAACUAUUCUAUAAUAGCUUUAUGAUCCUGAUGAUGUUUUUAAAAAAUAAUAAAGUUGGAUCUUCCAUGUUACAAUCACAAAAUUAAAACCAGUAUUUAAAAGUGGAAAAGUAUUAAAAUAUUAUGGACAAAUGUAUUUGCUUGAUUGUUUUCCUUAACCCCAAGAUACUGCCUGCAUAAUUCUGAGUAGUUAAGAGCUUAAAAUAACUCGACUUCAGUAGUUUUUAAACUGGAUUGUAACCCAGUUAGGGAUCAAGAAAACAACAUAAAUUUUUUUUUUAAACAAAA